GUCCCCUGCCCGCUCCCUCACUCCCUGCCGAGCUCCCGCCGCUGGCGGCCGCUGCCUUCCCCCGUCCCGUCCCGCCCCGUCCCCCCUCCCGGGAGCCCGGACUGAGCCCGGCCCCAGCCCGCUGCCUGGGGAUCUGAGCUCCUGGUAAACACGUUGGCCUGUUAAAGGACAUGAUUCAGACUGUCCCCGAUCCAGCAGCUCACAUCAAGGAAGCGUUAUCGGUGGUGAGCGAAGACCAGUCCCUGUUCGAGUGUGCCUACGGAUCACCCCACCUCACCAAGACAGAGAUGACGGCCUCCUCCUCCAGUGAAUAUGGGCAGACAUCCAAGAUGAGCCCCCGUGUCCCCCAGCAGGACUGGUUGUCACAGCCCCCGGCCAGAGUCACCAUCAAGAUGGAGUGUAACCCCAACCAGGUUAACGGGUCAAGGAAUUCUCCAGAUGACUGCAGCGUGGCAAAAGGAGGGAAGAUGGUCAGCAGCUCAGACAGUGUUGGGAUGAACUAUGGAAACUACAUGGAGGAGAAGCACGUUCCACCCCCAAACAUGACGACCAACGAACGAAGAGUCAUUGUGCCAGCAGACCCCACGCUGUGGAGCACUGACCACGUGCGCCAGUGGCUGGAGUGGGCGGUGAAGGAGUACGGGCUGCCGGACGUGGACAUCCUGCUCUUCCAGAACAUCGACGGCAAGGAGCUCUGCAAAAUGACCAAGGACGACUUCCAGAGGCUCACCCCCAGCUACAACGCAGACAUCCUCCUGUCACACCUACACUACCUCAGAGAGACUCCUCUUCCACAUUUGACUUCAGAUGAUGUUGAUAAGGCCUUACAAAACUCUCCACGGUUAAUGCAUGCUAGAAACACAGGAGGUGCCACUUUUAUUUUCCCAAACACAUCAGUUUAUCCAGAAGCAACACAAAGAAUUACAACCAGGCCAGAUUUGCCUUAUGAGCAAGCCAGGAGAUCAGCAUGGACGAGUCACAGCCACCCCAGCCCUCAGUCAAAAGCUACUCAACCAUCAUCCUCAACAGUUCCCAAAACAGAAGACCAGCGUCCUCAGUUAGAUCCAUAUCAGAUUCUGGGACCGACCAGCAGCCGACUUGCAAAUCCAGGCAGCGGGCAGAUCCAGCUGUGGCAGUUCUUGCUGGAGCUGCUUUCGGACCGGGCCAACCUGAACUGCAUCGCCUGGGAGGGCACCAACGGCGAGUUCAAGAUGACGGACCCCGACGAGGUGGCGCGGCGCUGGGGCGAGCGGAAGAGCAAGCCCAACAUGAACUACGACAAGCUCAGCCGCGCCCUGCGCUACUACUACGACAAGAACAUCAUGACCAAGGUGCACGGCAAGCGCUACGCCUACAAAUUCGACUUCCACGGCAUCGCCCAGGCCCUGCAGCCUCACCCCCCGGAGUCGUCCAUGUACAAAUACCCGUCGGACCUGCCCUACAUGAGCUCGUACCACGCGCACCCGCAGAAGAUGAACUUUGUGGCUCCCCACCCCCCCGCCCUGCCCGUGACAUCCUCCAGCUUUUUCGCUGCCCCCAAUCCGUACUGGAAUUCGCCGACUGGAGGGAUCUACCCCAACACCAGGCUGCCAGCUGCUCAUAUGCCUUCUCAUCUUGGCACCUACUACUAAGUGGGGUGGGGAGAGCAAACAGCAGGCAAAGCAAAGCUGCUUCUCACUGGGAUUCGGUCCCUGAGGAGUGGCAGUGAACUCUGUUGGAGUACUCAAAUUAAGUGCCUAAAGGAACAAGUGAAGGUUUGGCUGGGAUUAAAAAAAACCCAAAACCACGUUAAAAAUAGAUGUCAAAAAGACUUUUUUGUAGUAGGGAUUUAAAGGAAAUAUCCAAGAAGUAUUAAGAUACUAAAAUGUAAUGUAUAUGGGCAUCGACUCUGUGGACCAAACAACAAGAGACUAUUGUAGGUAGAAGCAUGAAAUGAUAAGGAAAACCUAAGGAAGCUGGUGGUCUUAAAAAGUUGAUAAGCUUGUGUGUAAAGUUUGAUAUCAUGCUAGUGCAAAACUGGGACUAUACUACAGCAAUAUAAGGAUAAGUCUACAGUGACCUAACAUACAGUAUAUGGAUCAUUACAAAAGAGAGGGAAAAGGGAAACAAAAAAGGAAAAUAAAAGCCUAUCUGUAUUUAAAAAAAUAUAAACAUAUCAGCAGAAGAGACUGGUUAGUGUGGAAGCUGAUUUGGAAUAGAACAGCAGUGUUGUAGUUAAAGUCAAAUGAGAUCCAUUCAUCAGAGCAAAUCAGCUACUCAAACUGUGAAGACAACCCAAACUUUCAGAUUCCUUGACAGUUUUACAGGAACCCUGAGCCAAACGUGGGAAAUGAGAACGUGCUGGAGGGCAAGUGCAUGAUUGUAGAUCAGAGGCCUGCACCUGAUAGAGGAAGCAGGAAGGAGAAAGAGGAGGAUGAAGGUGAGAAGGGGAGGAAAGAAACUUCUUGACCAGUAGAGACUGAAAGGACUGAAAACUUUGUAGCGUCGGAACUAUGAAGAAACACUUGUUUGGACUUGUGGAACAUAUUGCUCAGUAUUAUACCAUUCCCAGUAUUUCAGGAGGAACAGACUUGAUUCAGUAGUAAUAAAAAGUGGGAAAAGGGAAAAAGCAGAAGGAGCGAGAAAUCAGAAUAUGCAUCUCUCUUUUUUUUUUUUUUUUUAGGGAAAAAAACCAAAAGCAAAACUGGAAUUGUGUCUGAUAUUUAAAAGUUACCAGUCAGAACCUCAUCAUUACUAAGGGAGUUUGUUUUCUAUUGGUUAGAGCAAGAGACAACCCCUGACUGCCAGAAUCAGAAAUCACCUGAGUAUUUUUGUUAGGCGGGCGCCAGUUUUUCUUACCGAGUCGCGAACGCUGUGCGUUUGUCAGAGUGAAGUAUACAAGUUCAAUGUUAUUUUUUUUUCCUUUUUAUAUAAUUAUUAUAUAACUUAUGCAUUUAUACACUACGAGUUGAUCUCGGCCAACCAAAGACACACACACACAAAAAACAAACAAAAAAAAAAAGGGACAAUCCAAAAAAAAACUAUUGUGGCCUUGAAUUUUAACUCUGUAUGCUUAAUGUUUACAUUAUGAACAUAUUAGUCCUUAGAUUGCAGAAUGUAUGUAAUAAAAUAAGCUUGGCCUAGCAUGGCAAUUUCAGAUUGA